CUCCUCCUCCAUGUGAUUUGCAGGCGACCUCAACGGUCUUGUCAUUUGGGUAAUCGACUUUAUAGCUCUUACACAUAAUACAGCUACCGCGCUCCCUCUCUCUCCUCUCCAAAGCUCCAAGCUGCAGCGUCUCAUCAAUCCUUGACCUGCUCUGAGCCAUGAGUCGUGGGCAGUACAACCAGGACCCUAUGGCAGGCUCCAACUAUGCCUCGGGACAAAUGGAUCCGAAUAAGUCCUUUCACUUGUAUGCUCACUCGCAGCAAGAUUUGUCGCAUCACGGCCAUGAGCGUCCGGUGAUGAUGCAGCGGCCGAGUCAAGAGCAAAUUUAUACCUCGAGUGCCAUACGGCCCAUACCGGCUCAUUAUGCGCCUAUGCAGCAACAGCAACAUCAACAUCAGCAGGGACAACGACCCAACCUGUCCCAACAUCUCAGCCACAAUGGGUAUGACACCACCGACGCGCAAGCAGCUGCAUUGGCUGCUCUGAGUACAGCAGGAACAAUCGAUCCUUUGUCCUUGCAACGAUUUGUUGGCUACCAGACGACACUCUCAUCCAAUGCGCCUGUAACGCCAUCAGAUGAGAAGCAUGAGGAUGCAAUCAUGGCGUAUUCGUCACGAGAUGCACGGUGUGCACAAGAAGCACUUGCAUUGUUGAUCCCAAGCGCCGAGAUGCUCACAGCAUACAGCAGUCUGCCAGAGUACUUGAUGAAUCAGCCUCCACUCGGCUCCAUUCGUCCCUCUGAGGCAGAUGGAGAGGAUCAAUCGCCUGGCGUGGGCAGCAGCUCUGGAAGACGCCCUGCUCCUCGGAAGCGUGGUCGACCACCGCGAACACUACCCCCUUCUCCGCCUCAGACUGCUUCGCUGCUUGAAUUUCCAACAGACGCCAGGUCAGAGCAGACUGGUGUGCCACAGGCCAUUCCAGCGGCAUAUAUUCGCGAACAAGUCAGGACAUUGAAGGAGUCAUGGAUGAAUAGGGAUAUAGCUACACACAACCUCUUCAUUCGCGCUCAACAACCGGCUUUUGAACAAGAAGAGGAGACUUUCCUGCCAGCUACACGGCUUUAUCCCAUUCAUGAGAUGGUGCUCGUCUCGCAGCUAGCAUACUGGCAAUUGCUGUGUCGCUUCAGUCCAGCUCGCGAAGAAGGCUGGAUGCCAAUCGUGGAGGUUGAGGUGCCACAACCAGACUUUAUUGAUCCAUUGAUGCAUUGGCUUCAUCACCACGAUGACCAGGCAUUGUAUGAGAUGCUGGAUGAGAUGGUCGAUAGCAGUGCCGGCUGGAUCGGAAUCGUCUGGUUCGCACGCAACGUGAGAAGCCUGGGUGUCUGCGACAGUAGGGUCAGAAUUGUGCUCGAGGCGGUCGUCCAUGAACGAUUCGGCUCUCAUAUCAAGUAGUCAUACAAUCAUACAAUCGGAGAAUUCGAAUGAAUUGAGAGAUGAUACAAUCGCCACAUCCUGGGACAUCAA